AUGGAAGUAUAUGGCUUUAUUGAAUCAGUCAGGAAAAGUGUCAUGAAGAAAGUAAUGGAUGGUCGAAGUACUUGCAGUAGAGCUGAAAGAAGUGGUUAUUCGGCGUUCUAUUUCGUUAUUUCAAAAAAAAAGAAAAAAUCGAAUUGA